AUGAAUAACACUCAGGUUAAAGUAUUUGUCCUCCUGCAGCUUUGGGAUACGCCUGCUGGACAAUUUUCUUUUAUAAUAUCUUUUACUCUCAUUUAUCUAUUAACAUUAUCUGGAAACCUCAUAAUUAUUCUCAUCUGCAGGCUUGAAAGAACACUUUCCACACCAAUGUACUUCUUCCUCAGUCACCUCGCAGCUUUGGAAAUAUGCUACAUUUCUGUCACCUUACCCAAAAUGCUUCAUGGUUCGAUAACUGGCAAUAGUACAAUAUCAUUUGUUGCUUGUCUUACUCAGUUAUAUUUUUUUGGAUCCCUAGGCUCUACUGAAUGUUUUCUUCUUGCUAUAAUGGCCUAUGAUAGGUUUGUAGCAGUAUGUAAGCCUUUGUAUUAUCACAAUGUCAUGACUAAAAAGCUUUGUACUGUUUUGGUUAGUUGUUGCUGGUCAUCAGGGUUCAUAUCCACUAUGUCUUCUAUCCUCUUUAUUUCCACUUUGCAAUUUUGUGGGGCUAACCAUAUCCAACAUUUUUUCUGUGACAUCACACCACUUCUGAAGUUGUCAUGUACCAAUGUCCAUAAGACAGAAACUUUAAUUUUCCUCCUAGCUUCUGUGAUAUUGGUGGGUUCUUGUCUGGUUACAUUGUUAUCCUACUUCAGGAUCCUUAUCACCAUAUUGGCUAUUGCUUCAGGAAAUGGAAGAAGAAAGGCAAGCUCAACAUUUGCUUCCCAUCUGACAGUUGUAACUAUUUACUACAGCACAAUGAUUUUUGUCUACGUUCGUCCAACCACUAGUGGGGCUUCUAGCUUCAAUAAGAUCCUGUCAGUGUUGUAUACUAUCCUUACUCCAUUGCUUAAUCCCUUUAUAUAUACUUUGAGGAACAAUGAGGCUCAACAAGCUCUGAGGAAAACAAAGGAAAGGGUUAUAUUACAUUUCAAAAACUGUUUCUCAUUGUAG